AUGGCUCGUUCUCUUCUGUGUGUUCUUCUGUUAUGUGGGGGUGCCUUUGCGGCGGCCGUACUGAACUACGUCUAUUAUGAAGCCGCAGGAAGGAAGGAACAGAUGUCGAACGUUGCUGAGAUAGAACAGCUGCUCGCUGUUACGAGGAAGUCACUGAUGAUUCCCCCAAGAAAUGCCUACGAGGCUGAGAACACCUAUAUGGCCAGUGUGGAACGCCUCAAGGAGGCACGGACGAAACUUAGUCGCUUCAGUGGGGAAUACGUGGAGCGCUUGCUGCGCGACGCGGACCAGCUGGAGCAGAGCGCAAAUAACAUGGUGCUACGGAAAAGCAACCCAGUAGAUGUGCUGCUUGACGUGGACUUCGACGUGGAGGCGGUGGAGGGCGACUUGGAUGAGGUGGCAGCGGCGGAGCAGGAGAUGGAAAAACUCGAAGGAAGGAAGAAGCAGGGCGGACGCAAGACAAAAAACAAGAAGUUGCAGACAAAGGUAGAGAAUACUGAAACGAAGGAAGAGGUAAUAGGUGCGUCUGACCUUACGCUGCAAGCUUCGAUGACGCAGAAGGAAGAAAGCGAAGAAGCAGUCAUCGCCGAAUCCGCUGAAGCGGAGGUUGAGGAGGUGGCAAAGUAUGCCGAAUGCACUAGCACUGAUAUACCGCAGGAGGCUCUUGGUGAAGGACGAUGCUUGCGGAUUCCGGAUACACCGUUGGUGCGCCUGGAUUUUGCCACACCUGUGGAGUACGAUGGUAUAGAGUGCCGGUGCCGUGUGAAUUUGUACCGUGUUGUUGUCAUGGCACUUACGUACGGGGCGCCUUCAACGAUGACAAUCCCUAUUGUGGCCACCGAGGAUGAUUUGCAACCCGUGAACGUUGAAGAAGAACUGCAAGCUGUGGAAGAUGAAACAAAGCUUGUGGAAUUGGAUGACACAACCGCAACAGCCGAGCUUUCCAAGCAGCUUGUGGCCGAGUAUGACGCUAUAUUAGGAGAGAAGGAAGAAGAAGGUGCUACAGAGUUGCUGCCGUUGGUUGUGUUACCCAAGUUGCGUGACUUGUUGCGCGUGUUUACUUUUUUGCCGUGGGUGAUUCUCAUGUGUCAUGGUGGAUAUUUUGCGGGCGGAGUAUUUGUGGACAACAAGCCGGUGGUUCACAAGGCCUUUCAGCGCUAUGUUGUGCGUAAGAAGCAGGGUGGGAAGCAGUCUUCCAGUGAAAAGGAAGGGGGUAGUUACGGCAGUGUGGGGUCCCAAAUACGGCGCGCGCAGGAGAUUAAAUGGAAAAUGGACGUUAGGGAUAUUCUCUUGAGCUGGCGCAAUUACAUUGAUGCUGCAGCCAUUGUGUUGUAUGUUGCACCAGGGCCGCAGAACCGUGCCGUGCUGACGGAUUUUUCAGGGUUACCAGCCAUCACGACAGGAAAAGGUGAAAGGGCAGUAUCACCGGUCAGCGUGCAAGACCCUCGUGUGCACAAGGCGCCACUAACUACACACCGCCCGACGUUUCAAGAAGUUCAGCGCAUAUACAAGACGGUAUCUACAUGUACCGUUGAGUACGUUAGGUACCUGGAGUAA